AUGCCAGAAGUAGAGAUGCUUUAUGCCCCCUAUAAACCUGGAAGUAAAAGAAGUUUGGCUGAACGUGCUCGGGAAGCAGGAUUGGAAUCAUCUGCUGAAAGUAUUCUUAAUAAUAACACAAAUAUUGAUUUGAACACCUUGAUCCAGCCAUCUUCAGAAGAUUAUUCGACAGAGUCUGGUGUGAAAAAAGGUCUUCAAUAUAUCAUUGCUGAUAUUAUUGCCAAAAAUACAGAAGCCAAAGAACACCUUAAUUCAGUAUGCCAAAGCAGUUAUAUAAUGCUUGAGAGUAUCAAAACCAAAAAGGCGGCACCAACUGCUUCCAAAAAGGAACCAAAAACAAAGAAAGGAAAAUGUGAAAAUUCCAAAAAGUCAGUGGAAGAACAUAAAUUUCAGAAUUAUUUUGAAUUCAAGUGCAGUAUUAAGUCAAUCAAACCUCACCAGGUCUUAGCUAUUAAUCGAGGAGAGGACAAUAAGAUCCUCUCUGUGAAGGUCGUUCUGCCAGAAAACAUCAAAAGAUUGUAUACAAUUUUCUGUCACAAAAAAUGGAUUCGUCCCACUGCUACAAAAUCAGUGAAAUUUUUAAUUGAAGAAUCAGUUUCUGAUGCUUAUGAUCGUCUUGUAGCCCCCCAGGUGUGUCGGCAAAUCAGAUCCGACCUAACCAAAAAGGCAGAAAAGGCUUCUAUCGAGGUAUUUUGUUCAAAUCUCAAGAACCGUUUAUUGGUGGCAACAGUGAAGCAUAAAGUUGUCCUUGCACUUGAUCCUGGAUUUUUCCAUGGCUGUAAAUUGGCUGUUAUCUCAAAAACUGGCAAAGUGCUUUACACAGACAUAUUAUAUCUGAAUUCAAAAGCAAACAGUAAAAUGUCUGAAGAAGAGAAACUCUCAGAUAUUGUGAGAAAUUACAAUUGUGAAAUCAUUGCCAUUUAUGAACUUCCUGAUAUGGACCACAGUCUCCGAGGCGCUGUUUCUAUUGCUCGUCGUCUCCAAGAUCCACUUGCAGAAUUAGUGAAGAUUGAACCCAAGCACAUUGGCGUUGGAAUGUACCAGCAUGAUGUUUCAGAGAGCAAACUGAAAGAAGCUUUAGAUUCUAUUGUUGGAGAGUGUGUCAGUUUUGUUGGUGUUGAUCUGAACACAAGCAGUGAACAUCUUCUGCGAAAAGUUGCUGGUUUAAAUGCAACACAAGCCAAGAACAUAGUUGCUUGGCGGAACCAACAAGGAAAAUUCAACAACCGCGAACAACUCAAGUUGAUUAAAGGUCUUGGACAAAAGACAUUUGACCAAUGUGCUGGGUUCAUUCGUGUUGUGUCUGGCCUUCACGACAGCAAUGAAGAUACACAGGAUGACAAAGAUAGCAAUUUGCCUAAAGUUGGAAGUAAAAGAAAAGCCAGCCAGAGUGAAGGUUCAUCUAAAAGUAAGAAGGUGAAAUUGGCAGUCAACAGUUCCAUAAAUCCACUGGAUCGAACAUGGAUACAUCCAGAAUCUUAUCAUGUUGCUAAACAGUUUAUCAAAAAAACAGGAGCUUGUAUUGAUGACAUUGGAUUUACUAAAUUCAUUGAAAAAGUGAAAACAUUCAUGAAGACAACAGGGUAUUUUGCCUCAAUAACUCCUCCUUUCUCUUAUAUGUCCCAUACCAACACUUCCAAAUGGGCAGAGGUAAUUUCUCCUUACUCCCUCUCUCUUAGUAUCUCAUCUGAGCCCAUUACUUCGGCUGUCUCUUUGACAAACCCAAUUCUCAAACCAUGUGGUGUAGCUUAG